GGGGGUGUAUACUUAUAGGUUCGUAGCGUAUAGUAUGUAUGGGAUGUAUGAUGAAAUGUUGGUAGCAGUACUGAGUAGUAAUGGAUAUUAUGGAUGCAGGAACGGUCUAAGGUGAGUACUCAUUCAUCUAUGCCCAGAGGAAAGGUAGACGCUAUUUACAAGAAUCAAAAUCAUAGACAACCAGCAGCACCCGCUGUCUACAAUCCAUACAUCAUCCAUGGAAGAUCAUAUCCGGCACUCUGCUCAGGACCUCUUGUUUUCCACGUAAAAACAGCCAUCAGAGCAGGGUAUCAACACCAUGACAAAUGCUUUCCAAAAACAACCGGCGGAAGAGGUGGUAGGGAGAACGAACGUUAAAUCAUGGGCACAUGCGGAGGGAACAAGGAGUCGGAAAAUAAUGUAAAGGCAGAAAAUUUACACCAGAAGAUGCAGCGAUUUCACGUCCGGAAAUCAAGCUCUCGUGUUGUACACAGAAGUAGCUGCCCGCAAGGUAUGGCACCGCUUUGCAGG